CCUCCCUCCCUGCCUCCGCCUGCAUGGAGACAGCCACAGAAUGGCGGAGCGAGAGAAAGGAGCUGCGUCCCCGCCUGCCUCCUCCCCCUUCCUGGGGCUGCACCUCAACUCGCCCCCCAAUUUCAGGCUCACCCACGACAUCAGCCUCGAGGAGUUUGAGGAUGAAGAUCUCUCCGAAAUCACUGACGAGUGUGGCAUCAGCCUUCACUGCAAGGAGAGCCUGGCCUCCCGGAGCCAUGUGAGCCUGCAGGCCAGCGCUGUCCGGGGAGUGGGCGGCGGGGAGGCCAGCCGGCUGCAGGCGGAGAUGCUCCAGCUCGACCUGAUCGAUGCCGCGGGGGACACCCCCGCCGAGGAGGAGACGGCGCCCGAGCCGCUCAAAAAGGACCCCCCGCCUGGGACCAUGGACACUUACAGGCCCAAGCGACCCACAACUCUCAACCUCUUCCCGCAGGUGCCUCGGAGCCAGGACACGCUGAAUAACAACUCUCUGGGGAAAAAGCACAGCUGGCAGGAGCGGGUGUCCCGGUCGUCGUCCCCUCUGAAAACGGGUGAGCAGACCCCUCCCCACGACCACGUUUGCCUGAGUGAUGAGGUCAAUCACCAAAAUAGCACAACCUCCACCAAAGACCGGGGCACGUCCACGGAGAGCCCAUGCCGGCGCACAGCAGCGACGCAGAUGGCGCCAGCCUGCAUUGCCUCAUCCCGGGCACCCGAGAAGCACCAGGUGACCAGCCGGCCCCCACCUCACGGUGCCAGCGUGGUGGUGGUGACAAGGGGCCCCGAGGCCCACCGGGACCGCAUCCGCUACCAGACAGAUGUGAGGCUCGAGGCCACAGAGGAAAUCUACCUGACACCUGUGCAGAAGAACUCGGACCCCUUAGAGGCCGAAAAGCCGUUUUUGUCCCAGUCCAGUGAGAACCGCAUGUCCAUCAGCUCCGACGUUGACACAUCCAGCUAUUCAGCCCUUGCAGGGAAAACCAACCCCUCCAUCAGUGAGGAGGACGAGGUGCUGGACUAUAUGUCCUCCCCUGACAAGACAAACCCGCCCAGGACCUCCUGCGGUGGGGGGAAUGGUGGCUACCGGCCAGGGCACAACCUUCAGAGGGCAUCGGUGAGUUCGGACACCAGUGCCCUCUCCUACGACUCGGUCAAGUACACACUGGUGGUGGACGAGAAUGUGCAGCUGGAGCUGGUCAGCCUCAAACAGUGCUACUCCGGCUACAGCGAUGAGAGCGAUUCGGCCACUGUCUAUGACAACUGCGUCUCCUCACCCUAUGAGUCAGCCAUCGGCGAGGAGUAUGAGGAGGACGCGCUGAAGCGCGACUCGGUCUGCCUCUCUGAGGACUCCACCCCUGAGGCAGACAUCCACUUCUCCAAGAAGUUCCUCAAUGUCUUCAUGAGCGGCCGGGCACGUUCCUCCAGUGCUGAGUCCUUUGGGUUGUUCUCCUGCAUGAUCAAUGGGGAGGAGCAGGAACAGACUCACCGUGCUGUCUUUAGGUUUGUGCCUCGCCAUGCGGAUGAGCUGGAGCUGGAGGUGGAUGAUCCUUUGCUGGUGGAGGUGCAGGCAGAAGAUUAUUGGUAUGAGGCCUACAACAUGCGGACGGGGGACCGGGGCAUCUUUCCUGCUUACUAUGCUAUUGAAGUCGCCAAGGACCCAGACCAUGUAACAGCUCUGGCCAAGAGCAGUGACUGGAUGGACCAGUUUCGGGUGAAGUUCCUUGGCUCGGUGCAGGUUCCCUAUCACAAAGGCAACGACGUGCUGUGCGCAGCCAUGCAGAAGAUUGCCACCACGCGCCGCCUCACUGUGCACUUUAACCCACCCUCCAGCUGUGUCCUGGAGAUCAGCGUGCGCGGGGUCAAGAUUGCUGUGAAAUCUGAUGACUCCAAGGAGAACAGCAAGGUAAACAAAUGUAGCCAUUUUUUCCAGCUGAAGAACAUUUCCUUUUGUGGAUACCAUCCAAAGAACAACAAGUAUUUUGGGUUCAUCACCAAGCACCCUGCUGACCACAGAUUUGCUUGUCACGUCUUUGUCUCGGAGGAGUCCACAAAGCCCCUUGCAGAGUCUGUAGGGAGGGCUUUCCAGCAAUUCUACAAGGAGUAUGUGGAGUACACGUGCCCCACAGAGGACAUCUACCUGGAGUAGGGGCUGGCACAGGCACCUCCUGUACAGCCAGGGCUGCAAACUCGCCCUUUCCCCAUCGUGCAUGGACAAGAGCUGCUUUGAGAAUGGAAGAGGAGUGGGCUCUGGGAACAGCUCCCUGGGGGCGCAGAGCACUGCCUCUUUUCAUGACUCUCCUUCCUCGGGCUGGGAUGGACGGGAGGGGGGAGGGCUGGACAAAUUGUGUUUAUUGUACAAAAUACUCUUAGUUUAUUCUGUUGGAGAAGCACCUACAGGGUGCCCUGCCUGUGAGCAGCAGAGGGGUGGGCAGCAGCAUGCUCAAGCCCUUUCCUGGUGCAGGCUGGGGUGACAGCAUCUCCCCCUUGUGACCAUGGCCCAGCUUCCCGUCACAUCCGUCUGGGGUGACUUUUAAUGCAGUGGCAGGGUUGGACUCUUGCAGUACGAAGACACAGCAGCUACAGCAAAUGAGAACCACAUGAUGGCUCCUGUCUGGGAGAUGGACUCACCUCCCCCUCCCCCCCUGGCCAGGGGACAUCACCUCCCUGCCAAGCGCUGGGAACAAGGCUGCUGGGCCAAGAUGACAGAGGGAGUCCUGGUAUCUCCUCUUGUAGAGGGGUGCAUGAAAAGGGAUGAGCUGAGACAGCUCACCUCUGCCUCUGCACCCAUCCCCACACCUCCCAUCUUGUAACCGUGCCCUGGGGAGAGAAAGAUUCCCCCUUGUAUCUCUCCACAGUGACUACAACAUGGAGAGAGGAGCACUUCCCUGCCCCUUUCUCCCUCUCUCCCUUCCAGCUGCAGGCUGUGGAGGCAGGGGCAGGGCUGAGCCACCCCACCAAGGUGGGCCUGAGCCCCCUGUGCAGAAGGGGGUGCCUCUCCAGAGGUGGAGCAGGGAAGGGCUAAAGCCUGCAGGGAGCCAUGCAAAUCUCCAGGGAGACAGAAGGGCUCUCCUGGUCCCUGCAGCCAGCGGUCUCUGUGCUUCAGCUGGAUCUGCUGUGAUGGCAACAACUAUUAAAUAUGAUGGUUCAUGGA